AUGCCCCACCCACACCCACCCCUCCCCUCGCCCCUCUCCCCUCUCCCACCACGCCCCGAAUCUCUCGGCCCCCUAAGCCAAUACCACAGCCCCGCAACCGCCGAUACUUACGCUCGACACGCAGAAGAACCAACCGUAUCGCCCCUCGGACCCGAUUCGCCCACGCUGGGAUACCUGUCGCCCGUUUCGAUCGUGGGUCCGGAUCCACGUUUGGAUAGACACGGAGUAGAUGAAUGGGGGUUUAGGGCGCCGCGUGCAGGUGCAGAGGUAGCAGCAGAAGAAGAGCAUCCCGCUCGCGACGACGCGCCGCAUACGCAGGAAACGUCUCGAAACCCACUCGCAACGCCACGCCCAACGACGUUGUACCUCGCCGACCACGCCCCGCACCUCGAGGCGCCGGCGCCGAUCGCGCGGCCGCAUUGUCGGAACGGGGCGGGUGGUCACGAGGGGCGCUCUGAGGUGGGGUUCGAGGAUGUGGAGUUGCGGGGGGGUCGGAACGCGAGGGAUGGGGGGGACGAUGUGGAGGGCCAAGGGAGGAUGAGGACGAUAGCGGGGGUUGAGGGUAAGGGCAGGAGACGGAACUGUCUCAUUGGGUGGGUGUUUGUGCUCGCGCUUGUGGUUGCGGGAGUCGUGUUUGGGGUCUUGAUGAGGGGGGCGGAUAGGCCGGGAGGGGUGGCGGGACUCGAUGCGGUUUCCUGGAGAUAUGAGACAUAG